UGCAGGCGACCGGGAGAAAGCAAAACAAACGCUGCGAAGCGCGGAAGACAAUGUAGCGACGCGCGAUUAUAAGGGCGGGGUGUUAUUAAUGAAUUACGGGAACAAACCGCAGCGUUAUAGCAUAUAGCAGCUGGUAAUUAUGCAUAUUUCUGCUAGCGGUGCUGUAGGGUAAUAGCGUUGGGUGUUGUGGUCGACGGGAAUGGACGGGGUCCGGUGGGCGUUCCGCUGCGGUUCUUGGGUCCCGACCCGUUCCGAGUGGACCCUGGCGGCCCGGUGCGUUCAGCAGGAGGAGAAGGAACGGAUCGCGCAGUUCGUGUUCGCCAAAGACGCCAAAUCCGCCAUGGCCGGUCGUCUGCUGAUCAGAAAGCUGGUGUGCGAGAAGAUGGGUUUUGCGUGGGACGGGUUUCGGCUGGAAAGGACGGCCCGGGGGAAACCGUUCCUGCCCCGGACCUCCUCCUCCAGCCCCGGCCUCACACACUGGAGCUUCAACGUGUCCCAUCAGGGAGAGUACGCCGUGCUGGCGGCAGAGCCGGGACGCCAGGUGGGAGUCGACGUGAUGAAGACCAGCAGACCAGGCAGUAGCUCUGUGCAGGAGUUUUUCCGGAUCAUGAAUCGUCAGUUCACGGAUCUGGAGUGGACCAGCAUCCGAGCGGCAGGAUCCGACCGGGACCAACUGGACUUGUUUUAUAGGCACUGGGCUCUGAAGGAGAGCUUCAUCAAAGCCAUUGGCACAGGGCUGGGCUUCGACCUGCAGAGGGCGGAGUUUCACAUCUCGCCCAAUCAGAUGCGAGAGGGGCAAGUGUACCGGCAGACACGGAUGUACCUGGACAAUGAAGAAGAGGACUGGACAUUUGAGGAGAGCUUAUUGGACAAAGACCAUCACGUCGCCGUGGCGCUGGGAAAACCAGACAUCAGCACGUCCGAAGAGGACAGCGGGAGCGUUUGUGAAGCUCCGCCCCUUUCAUUCACGCUGUUAAGUUUCAGUGAUCUGGUGUCCAAAGCCACGCCCCUUCUGGAGGAAGACCCCUCCUCCUGGGAGAGAUUUCAGAGCAAAAAAGAAGCACCUUUAAGGCAGAGUGAACAGCAUUGAAUAAAUACCAUGUUUAUAUGUAUAUUUGUUUAUAGAUAUAUUCUUAUAACGUCAUUAUAUCCACAACGCAUGUUCAAUAACCUCAAACUGAAUUGUUUAGAAAGGCACAAACCUUUUUUUUAAUGACUUUUUCCGAUGAGGAAGAUGCUCAAUGAACUGGCUUCAGUUAGUCAAUGGGAUAUAAACCGAGUUUCAAUAUCCAGUAUGACAUAUCUGAUGGGAACAUGCAUAGAACUGACCCGUUUAUGUAAGAGAUGAGUUUAUUUUCCCGCCCUACACCUCCUAAAGUCUCUCUCUCUCUCUCCAUCUGCCACUGUCUAUUUUUAUCAGCAGGCCAUUAGCUCUGUGUGUAUGGAAGGUCCUGCUUUUAACAAAACGUUGAUGUUCAGGCGCAGGUAUGCGUUUCGGCUCCGGUGUCUUCGUUUCAUUCGCGCUGUAAAGUCCCGCCCCCCUCUCUGCGAUUGACAGGAGCUCAGCCCGCGAGUCUCCGAGCCCGCCCGAACUCGUACGGCAGAGGUUAAAAGAGCAGAGGCUAUUACAGCGAAGCAGAGCAGUCGAGGAUGAACCCAUCGGAAACGCAGAUGGGAUCCGAUUUAGAUUAAACUCUGUACCCACGCGCAAUUGCAUUUUUUUUUUUUUUUUUUUUUUUCUCCAAAGAACAAAAAAUAGAGGCUGAGCAGAUUGCUGAGUGAUGUUGAUUUCAAAUUGAAAUUUUAAUAUAAAUGAGUUUUCAUGACGCAAUUUAAUAACGCACCAUCCAAUUAAAUCCAGUCUUGUUUUGGUUGUGGGUGAUUUGCAUUUUCUCUGUAAACAGACAGGAAAAAGGUUUAAUAUGAUUGAAAUUAUGCAAAAGCAAGCAUUGUGGUCAUGCUCAAUUUAUUAUUUACUAUUUUAAUAAAAGCUAUAUAUUUUUUUCCAUUUGUAUUAAUUUUUUGUGUAACUUUUUUUACAAAUAGAACCUGUAUUUUGGGCUUGACGAAGCAUAUCGGUAAUGUUUAAUGUUCAAUAAAUGACUGUAUUAGCCUU